UCUGUUUACGUUUCAGAACGAGUAUAGUUUCAGGUUUGUAAAAUAUCCUUCUUUUAAAAUGGUCUCUCGGUUGGUGUCAGUGCUGAUCCUGUUGGUAUUUUGCGGCCACGAACUAGCCUCAGCAGAGAAACCCUGGUGGCAGACAGCAUCAUUCUAUCAAAUAUAUCCACGUUCGUUCAAGGACAGUGAUGGUGAUGGUGUGGGUGAUUUGAAUGGAGUCACAAGUGUGCUGCCGUAUUUGAAAGAAAUCGGCAUUGCUGCCACUUGGCUCUCACCCUUUUUGGAAUCGCCAAUGGCUGACUUUGGUUAUGACAUUUCUAAUUUCACCGCCGUUGAUCCGCUCUUUGGUACAAUGGAGGAUUUCGACCGCAUGGUGGCCAAGGCCAAAGAGUUGGACAUCAAAAUAAUUUUGGACUUUGUACCAAACCACUCGAGCGAUGAGUGCGAUUGGUUCAUACGAUCGGCCGCGCGAGAUCCUGUCUAUAAGGACUACUAUAUCUGGCAUCCAGGCAAGGUGGUGAAUGGAGAACGCCAACCACCAAACAACUGGGUGAGCGUUUUCUAUGGCUCGGCGUGGGAGUGGCACGAAGGACGGCAGGAGUAUUAUUUACAUCAGUUCGAUAAGAAGCAGCCGGAUUUCAAUUUCCGCAAUCCCGUAGUGCGCGAGGCGAUGAAUAAUGUUUUACGAUUCUGGUUGGAUCGUGGUGUUGAUGGCUUCCGCAUUGAUGCUAUUUAUCACGCGUUCGAGAUCGAAGCCGAUGAAAAUGGCGAUUAUCCGGAUGAACCAGUGAGCGGCUGGAGUGAGGACCCACAGGACUAUGGUUAUGUGCGGCACAUUUAUACAGUGGAUCAGUGGGAAACCCCGCACUUAGUGUACGAGUGGCGGCAGAUCUUGAAAGAUUACCAAACAGAGCAUGGCGGCGAUGAACGCAUACUGAUGGUGGAAACAUGGUCACCUAUAGAGAUCGUUAUGCAAUACUAUGGCAAUGAAACAGCAGACGGCGGACAAAUACCUUUCAAUUUCCAAAUGAUAUCUAACCUUGGUUAUGACUCCGACGCAUAUCACUACUCGGAAAUGAUAAAUCUCUGGUUCGAACACAUGCCAGCCGGCAGAACACCGAACUGGGUGAUCGGAAAUCACGAUAAGAAUCGGGUAGGCUCUCGCUUCGGCACGGAGCGCAUUGAUCUCUUCAAUAUACUAUUACUCACAUUGCCCGGCUGCAGUAUUACCUAUAACGGCGAGGAGAUCGGCAUGACGGAUGUAUGGAUCUCGUGGGAAGAGACAGUCGAUCCGCAGGCAUGCAAUAAUGAGCAAGAUGGAUAUGAGUGGCGUUCCCGUGAUCCGGCAUGUACACCCUUCCAGUGGAGUGACGCGGCUAAUGCUGGUUUCACCACCGGCCGUAGCACUUGGCUACCGAUCUCGGCGGACUACAAACGUUUGAAGGUUAAGCGAGAACGUGGUGUGGCGCUGAGUCAUUUGAAUAUUUUCAAGGAGCUGCAAAAGCUGCGGCAAUUGGCUACGUUCCAAGAUGGCGAUGCGGAGGUGAAGGCACUAAAUAAAUAUGUAUUGGGUGUGAAGCGGUCUCUUCGCGGCAAUCACACUUACAUAACUCUACUAAAUAUCUUUGGAAACAUUGAGAACUUCAAUUUACACGAACACUUUGCUAAUUUGUCAGCGGAAUUUGAAUAUGUUUUGAUUACCGAUCGGUCAAUCAAGCAUAAAGGCGAUAAGGUUUCUGCGAGCAGCGUCACCCUCAUGCCACACGAAUCGGUUGUGCUGAAGUCUACCAAACGGCAGUAAAUGUUAAAGCUUAUUGAAACAAAACAGUGGCUGUUAUAAAAUAUUAUCGGAGCUUAAUGAGUACUCCUGGUGUCAAAGUCUCCCUGGUCUUUAAGAACGUUUAUUUUUCGCCCUCCAUUAACUUAUGUUCGCAAUUUAGACCUACCACACGUCCGUCAGGUCUAUAAAACUGUUAAGUGGCACUUAGCAACUUGAGUUUAUCAGCUUAGGAAUUAGAUAUGACUAUCGUGGUAUUAUUAUU